UUAAUGACAUUUGUUUGUGUUGAGGCCGUGGUUGAGGUUAUAAACUCACGUUGUAAUUUUAAAUUUAACAACAAAAUACUAAGUAUUCUAGUUAAUAUAUAAUUUAGGAAAACAACGAAAAUGGCUAAAAAAGGGAAACAUAGAGUUAGUAAAGUGAAGAAGAACAAUCAAACGACUAACAAAAUGAAGAAGCAGGGGAAGUUAAAGCUGCAGAGGCACAGGACUAAGGUACAAAAGCAGAGGCAGCCGACCCAGGCGGAGCCAGAGUACAGCAGUGAGAGUGAGGAGUCGAGCAACGAAUGGGCGGACAUGCUGGAUGAGGAGGAGCAGGCCUACAUCACGGGCCGGCUCGCCCGUCAGCCCCAACUUCUGUCUGACAUCCCUCCAGAAGAGGAGAAAAAAAAGAAUUUGAAGAGGAAAAGAACAAGAAAGAAGGAACAAAAGCAAGGGAAACAGAAGCCUGGCAGCGACAGUGGGGCGGCUAGUUUAGAUGACUCAGAAAAUAGUGAUGUAGAGGAACAAUAUGAGAAGGAGCUCUCUGAGAGACCAGUCAAAAAACUCCGACCGCUGCUGCCUAUUAAAACAAAAGAAGGGGUUGUGGAGAGAAUGGAAGAAUGUGAAGAGUCAGACUCUGACAAGGAGGAGGAAAGUCCAGAGGUACAAAGUGAAGAAGAAGGCAGUGAGAGUGAAGGUUCAGACUCCGGUGUGGAGGACAAAGAUAAAGAAGAAAAGGCUCAGGAGCCGGAAACCAUCACGACAGUGCAGCUCCUAGCAGCGAGGAGGGACAGGCUACAGCACGAGAAGCUGAGGAUCGGUGCACUGUGCUCCUCACUGCUGGAGAGUCCAGAGAAAAAGCUCAAGAACCUGUUCCCGAUCCUGUACCUGAUGGAGGAGCGUCUCCGGGACGGCACCCCCAACCUGCUGUCGGUCCGCAAGCUGGCCUCGCUGUCCGCCGCCGAGGUGUACCGCGACCUGCUGCCCGACUACAAGAUCCGACAUCAGGACUACACUGAUGUUAAGUUGAAGAAGGACACUCUGGCGCUAUACAAGUACGAGAAAGAAUUGCUGGAGUUCUACAAACGUUAUCUCCAGCGACUGGAGAAAGCAACCAACGUGCUGCGACGGAAGAUGGGCGACAACAGGAAACCCGACGAGGGCACCCUCAGCCUCGCCCUCAUCUCUCUACGCUGCAUGGGCGGCAUGCUGGUGGCCCGGCCUCAGUUCAACUACGCGGACAACAUAGCUCAGACGCUGGUGCCUCACCUGGACUCGCGCGUGCCGGCGGCGCGGGAUAUAGUGAAGGAGUGUAUAGAGACUGUGUUUAGAGAGGAUAACAAGGGAGAUAUUACGCUUACAAUCGUGCGUCUCAUCAAUCAGCUGGUGAAACGGCGCGGGGAGCGGCUGCACCCCUCGGCGCUGGACUGUCUCCUGGCUCUGGACAUCCGCGACGUGCAGCUCGACGAGCAGGUCGACCUGCAGCACAAGCACAAGCAGGACGCCAAGCACAAGAAGCGCAUCAUCAACCUCUCGAAAAAGGAGAAGAAGCGAGCCAAGAAACUAAAGGAGGUAGAACGCGAACUGCUCGAGACGCGUGCAGCCGAGGACGCGGCGGCGCGGCGACGGACGUUGGCGGAGGUGACGCGAACGGUCUUCCUCAUAUAUUUCCGCGUGCUGAAGACCGCGCCGCACUCGCGCCUGCUCGCCGCCGCGCUCGACGGCCUGGCCAAGUUCACGCACGUGAUCAACCUGGAGUACUACAGCGAGCUGGUGGCGAUACUGACGGCGUUGUCGCGCGACGGGCUGGUGUCGGCGAGCUCGCAGCUGCGCUGUGUGUGCUGUGUUCUGGCGGUGCUGCGCGGCGCCGGCGACGCGCUCAACGUCGACCCCGCCGCCGCACACGACCGCCUCUUCGCCGCGGCCGCUACAGUGACGAGCGCUGAGGACGUGCGCAUGGCGCUGGAGGGCGUCUCGGAGGUGACGCGGCGGGCGCGGCGCGUCUCGGCCGGGGUGCUACAGGCCUUCGCCAAGCGGUUAGCUGAGUUAGCGGCGCGCCUGCCCCCGCACGCCGCCCUCGCCGCGCUGGCGCUGCUGCACCAGCUGCUCCAGCACAAGCCAGUCUCCCUCCUGCUCGCGCCGGAGGAGGGUACGUGCGGGCGGUACUCGGCUCUCUCGCCGUCCGCGGAGCACUGCGGCGCGGCGGCGGCGGGCCUGCACGAGCUCGCCGUGCUGGCGCGCAGUGUACACCCCACGGUGCGCGCCGCCGCUACCGCCAUGUUGAACCACACGUGGCCGCACGAGUUGACUGGACUGACGCCAAUGCAGAUCUACAAGCAAUACGACGGGUCCCAGCUGUGUUUCAAGCCGGCCAUACCGCCCAAGCCGCUGCAGACCGCCAAGAGUAUCGUUGGUUUCGCUCAACCGAGCUUCGGGGCCGAAUGUACCGCUAUAGAAGAAACCACUUCACUAACAUUGAAAGAGAAUGUUGUUAGAUGAAUUUAAUAAAUUAUUGUGAUAAUA